AUGAGGCGGAGCGGGAGAGUCCCGGAGCUGCCUCGGAGAAGAAUCCAGGCUAGUUACCUGCUGGAUCAGGGCCAGUUUCUCGGUUCCGCUUCGGAGGGGCCCAACGCUUCAGGCUGGCCAGUCCACAAAGCUGAAGUCCUUCAGACUUCUCCCGAGGAUCUUCCCAUCAUCGAAGGAAAUCGUCCAAGAGUUGGAGGAAGCCAAAGUAAGCCCCCUCCCCAACUGAAGCCCCUCUCCUCUCUCUCCACCCCUGCAGAGCCUCCAAAAGUGAUGGUCUACCCGGAGCAGGAGGUGGAGCUGGGGGAACCCAACGUACUGAUCUGCAUGGCGGACAACUUCUCUCCCCCGGUGCUGAACAUGACCUGGUUGAAGAAUGGCCAUCUGGUGACCGAAGGGGUGCAGACCAUGGAUUACUACCCCAAGAAGAACCACGCCUUCCGCCGGUUCUCCUACCUGACCUUUGUCCCAAACCAGGACGAUAACUACAUCUGUGAGGUGGAUCAUUGGGGCCUCAAGGAGCCUCUGGGCAAGCUUUGGA